ACUUUUCUAUUUAAACGGGUCGCCUUAAAUCGAAUAAAAUAAGUGUAAUGUGCUGAAAAAGACAUCAAGUACCUACCUAUCAUAGAUGUUUAUGAUAUAGUCACUCAUUCAACACCCUCCACGUUUGUUAUCUAGAUUAGUUCGUUUUAUAUAAAUCAAAAUCAUCAUCUCUCUCGGCUGUGGCAAGCGGAGAGUUGUGUAACACGGUCGGGCCCGAAGACAGCAGCAGCAGCAGCAGUAGCAGAAACGUGAAAAGAACCUGUGUCUCUGUGUUUUUUUGAAUUGAAGCUGAUUAGUACCAUGGUGCUUGAGAUGGAGACUAAAAAUUCAAAUUCAUCGGUGACGGCGGAUGCAGCGGCUGCUACAACAAAAACCAACAAGGCCAAGGAGAACAACAAUUUGGCCGGCAGCAAAAAGAAUCAAAGUCAGAACUUGGUCAAUGGCAAUGGCACCACUGCUGCCGAUGGCCCCGCAACGAAGAAGAAAGGCAAGAAGAAUCGCAACAAAAGCCCACCCCUAACCGCAGAUGAAGCCGCUCUGAUCAAUGGACAUGUCGAGGAGAAGAAAUCGGAAGAUGAUGGCGAUGCCGAUGCAGAUGCCAAUGCGAAUGUGCUGGCUGCCAAGGAAGAUGGAUCCGCUGAGGCUGAGGCUGAGUCUGCAGAGCUCGAAACGGAGGACAUUGAUCUGGAUGCCCUGCACGAUGUGGGUAUUCAUGUGAACAUUAGCUGUCCCGGAGCAGAGCUGCUGAGUGUGCAGCUGUCCAGCAUGGAGCUGGUGCAGGAGAUUCAUCAACUGCUCAUGGAUCGCGAGGAGUCCUGCCACAGGACCUGCUUCUCCCUUCAGCUGGACAACGUGACGCUCGACAACUUCGCCGAGCUGAAAACGAUUGAGCACCUGGAGUCGGGCUCCACCAUCAAAGUGGUCGAGGAGCCGUACACCAUGCGAGAGGCGCGCAUCCACGUGCGCCAUGUGCGCGAUCUGCUGAAGAAUUUGGAUCCCGCCGAUGCCUACAAUGGCAUUGAAUGCACCUCGCUGACCUACUUGAACACGAUCACGCAGGGCGAUCUCUUGGACAAGAAGAAGACGCGCCCCGACUCUGUUGACUGCACGCCGCCGGACUAUGUGACGCCCGGUGUGUAUGAGCCGCCGCUGCUGCCCCUCCAUCCGAACUUCAAGAACGCCAAGGGGCCACAGGCCCUGAAGGUGCUCACCACAUCCGCGUGGAAUCCGCCGCCUGGUCCCCGCAAGCUGCACGGCGAUCUCAUGUAUCUGUAUGUCAUCACCAUGGAGGAGAAGCGCUAUCAUAUCUCGGCCUGCUCCAGGGGCUUCUUCAUCAAUCAGUCCACGGAUGACACCUUCAACCCAAAGCCUGACAAUCCCAGCCAUCUGAGCCACUCGCUCAUCGAUCUGCUCUCCCACAUAUCGCCCUCGUUCCGACGUGCCUUCCAGACCAUACAGAAGCGUCGCACGCUGCGACAUGCCUUCGAGCGGGUGGCCACACCCUACCAGGUGUACCAGUGGGCAGCGCCCACACUGGAGCACACCGUAGAUGCCAUACGUGCCGAGGAUGCCUUUAGCUCCAAGUUGGGUCUUGGCGGUGGUUUUUGGUUUAUCUCGUGCAGAUACGAGGAGCACAUACCCGGCCAGACGCGCGACUGGAACGAGGAGUUGCAGACGACGCGUGAGCUUCCUCGCAAGACACUGCCAGAGCGCUUGCUGCGCGAGCGCGCCAUAUUCAAGGUCCAUGGCGACUUUGUCACUGCCGCCACACGGGGAGCCAUGGCCGUCAUUGAUGGCAAUGUGCUGGCCAUCAAUCCCGGCGAGGACUCCAAGAUGCAGAUGUUCAUCUGGAACAACAUAUUCUUCUCGCUCGGCUUCGAUGUGAGGGACCACUACAAGGAGCUGGGCGGGGACUAUGCCGCGUAUGUAGCGCCCCGCUAUGACCUCCAUGGUGUGCGGGUAUACAAUGCCGUCGAUGUGGAGGGUCUGUACACCCUGGGCACGGUGGUUAUUGACUAUCGUGGCUACAGAGUGACAGCCCAGUCCAUUAUUCCGGGCAUCCUGGAGCGCGAGCAGGAGCAGAGCGUCGUCUAUGGAUCCAUAGACUUUGGCAAGACCGUUUUGAGCCAUCCCAAGUACUUGGAGCUGCUGCGGCAGGCGGGCAAGCAUCUGAAGAUCCUGCCCCACUCCGUGUACAACGAACGGGACGAGCCUGUGGAGCUGUGCUCUUCGGUGGAGUGCAAGGGCAUCAUUGGCAACGAUGGCCGGCACUAUAUUCUCGAUCUGCUGCGCACCUUCCCGCCAGACGUCAACUUCCUGAAGCUGCAGGAUGUGAAGCUGAGCAAGGAGCUGGUGGAAAUGGGUUUCCCCAUCGAGCACCGCCACAAGUUGUGCUGCCUCAGGCAGGAGCUGCUGGAGGCCUUCGUUGAGGAUCGCUACGUGAACUUUAUUCGCAUCGCUGCCAUGCAUCUGCAGCAGCUGAAUGCCAAGAAGCCGGAGGAACAGGAGUCACAAGAGAAGAAGAAAUUGCCCGCCAUUGAAGAGGCAGAAAAGGAGAGCCAAGAGAAUGGAAAUGAGAAGCAAAUCGAGAAGGUGCAGGAACCCAAACAGGAACAGGCAACGCCUGUCGAGACUAAGAACGCCGAGGCGAUGGUCAAUGCCAUACGGGAAGCCCAGUCGCAUGUGGCCACCUCCAAUGAGGUGCAGGCUGCCGAGGUGGUCAAGCAGGCUUGUGCCGCCGUUGGCUCGAUAAAGGAAAAGGAAUUCGAUUUCCGCUUCAAUCCCGACGUCUUCUCGCCGGGCAUCCGUCACGUUGAUGGCGAGGAGAGCACCUCCGGCUCGGUGGCCAAGCAAAAGCUGCUCGUGCAGGAGGCCGCAGAGUUCCUUGUGGUCAAACAGAUACCCGCCUUUGUCAAGGAGCACCUGUCCCACUCCUCGCCACCUAUUGAUGGACAGAAUCUGACCGAGUCGCUGCACAGCCACGGCAUCAAUGUGCGGUAUCUGGGCAAGGUGAUUAAGACGCUGGGCCAGAUGCCACGCAUGGAAUAUCUGCAUCGCAUCGCCAUCAUGGAGCUAAUUGUGAGGGCAACCAAACACAUUUACUACACCUACAUGCAGAGCACCGAUCCCAUGCACCUGUCCGUCGCCAUCAGCCACUUUCUGAACUGUCUGCUGACCAAUGGGCCCGUCAAUCCGGUCAUCAGCAACGACGAGGUGCACAAGAAGCGCGGCGGCAACGGUGGCGGCAAGCACAAUAAGCACAAGUCCUCCAAGGGCGGCAAGGGACAGCAGCAGCAGCAGCAGGCGGCCACCCAGAACCUGAAUGGGAGCGGCAGCUCAACAUCCUCCUCGAGCUCCACGAGCGCCUACGACUGGACCCAGGUCACACCACGUUCGCUGUGGCAGCAGAUACGCCGCGAAACGAAGGCCUACUGGGACUGGGAUCUCGACUGCGACUCCAUGGACAGUGCCAUGCAGAAGUUUGGCAUUAUGCGGAUCUGCCUGCUGCGCGCCUUCUGUCUGAAGGUGGGAAUUCAGGUGCUCCUGCGCGAGUACAACUUUGAUUCCAAGCACAAGCCCACGUUCGGCGACGAUGACAUCGUCAAUGUGUUCCCGGUGGUGAAGCACAUAAGCCCCAGGGCAUCCGAUGCCUACAACUUCUACACCACGGGCCAGGCCAAGAUACAGCAGGGACUGUUCAAGGAGGGCUACGAACUGAUCAGCGAAGCGCUCAAUCUGCUGAACAAUGUCUUUGGGGCCAUGCACCAGGAGAACGGCUCAUGCCUGAGGAUGCUGGCUCGCCUCAGCUAUCUGCUGGGCGAUGCCCAAGACGCCUUGGCCAUUCAGCAGCGUGCGGUUAUCAUGAGUGAGCGCGUAAAUGGCAUUGACAAUCCAUCGACCAUUUUGGAAUACACACAUUUAUCGCUGUAUUCGUUUGCCAACGGACAUGUGGGCAUGUCCCUGAAACUUUUGUACAGAGCCCGCUACCUGUUGGUGCUGACUUGCGGCGAAGAUCAUCCGGAGGUGGCACUGAUCGAUAGCAACAUUAGCUUGAUUCUGCAUGCGCUGGGAGAGUAUGAGCUGUCGCUGCGCUUCAUCGAGCACGCCUUGAAGCUGAAUUUGAAGUACUUUGGCAACAAGGCAAUGCAUGUGGCAGUCAGCUACCAUUUGAUGGCACGCACACAGUCCUGCAUGGGCGACUUCCGCUCGGCGCUGAACAAUGAAAAGGAAACGUACACCAUUUACAAGUCACAGCUGGGCGAUAAGCAUGAAAAGACUCGGGACUCGGCGGAAUGUCUGCGACUGUUGACCCAGCAAGCUGUGCUCCUGCAGCGCAAGAUGAACGAUAUCUAUUCCAAUGGCAAGCUGACCAGCGACCUGCCGCCCAUUCACAUUACACCGCCCUCGAUGGGCUCAGUGCUGGAGAUGCUGAACACAAUCAAUGGCAUUCUGUUUGUGCAAAUUAGCCAAAGGGACAUUGUUAAGGUGCGCAGCGAAAUUGAGAAGCAUUUGAAAGCCAAUACCGAUGAGAGUGAUGUGAACGAGGCGAUCAAAUCGAUUGUGGCCUCUGCCAAUAACAAUGGAGAAUCGGACACUGUCAACGACAAUAAUCAGGUGCAAGCAGCGCCCGCACAGCUCACAAAUGGCGAGACAGCGGCUGCCAAUGCAACGGUAUCAAGUUGAACACUCCACAAGUAAAGCAAACAACAAAGUCACAAAUUGGAGACUCUGCUAAAGCUACAACAUCAAAGGCAAUUGGCAACUGGCAAACAGAAUAGCAUAAAAUAAGUGUCUGCGUUUUUUAAAGGCUGCUCUCGUCGUACUGCUCACCACACACAUCGCAUCGCAACGCAACGUAAGGCGUAUAUAGAACUACAUUACAUAUAGAACGGCAAUAGCCCCCUGAUGGGGGGUGUGUAAAUGCCAGUAAAAUAUUUUAGACUUAGUCAAGCAAAAUUAUCAGUCAGUCAGUCACACUAAACAAGCAUCGUUAACCCCCCCAGUUACUAUAAGACAGAAAGUAAAUUGUUUUGUUAACCAUUUGAGAGUGCCCAUCAAAUGCCUUUUAUAGUUUAUAAAUAAUAAUUCAUUGAAUUGAUUGCACACACACACA